UCAUUGUUCGUUUCUUCUUACUACAAUUUAAUUUUAUAUUAAACAAGCGGUUUUGAAAUUCCUUGCGUUACCGAGUGUACACUGGUCAUUAUUAACAGCAAUGCUGAAGGUCAGCGUUACACCUCGACACAUUAAAAAGAACAGGCAGAAGUAAUUAGAAAAACAACCAGGAAAAACACCAAAAAACUAGACAAAAUGCUUCAUUCUGACACUGAUGAUGAUACAGACGACGAUCUAGAUAAUGRAGAGGAUAGCGAGUUGAUCAGAUUCAACAGUAAAGAAGACCAAAGAUCAAUAAGCUCGACUCCUCGAGGAUCCUUGAUAUCAGGACUCAAUACUAAUAUCUCCACAAGCCCUUCUCCGUCUCUAACGUCAAUACCUUCUGAAAUAUUAGAAACCCCAGAGGUAGAGGAAAGAAAAGARAUACUACAGCUCUAUGUGUUUGUUUUACGUUGUAUUUCUUUUCCAUUUAAUGCCAAACAGCCAACAGACAUGGCGAGAAGACAAGCUAAAGUUAGUAAAAUACAACUACAGACCAUCAAGGAACGUUUCAGUGCUUUCUUAGCGGGAAAUACUAAAAUCGCUUCAGACGAGGCCUUUCUUAACGCUGUUCGUGCUUAUUUUGAUAUCUUCAUUUGCAGUGAAAGAGUUCUUAAGCUAGUUUUAAGUGGUGGCUGUUCAUCUAAUGAUUUUCGCGAAGUGUUUAAGAGUAUAAUCGAGAAAAGAGUUCGAUCAUUGCCUGAGAUGCAUGGAAUUAGUAAAGAGACUGUAUUGAGUGCUUGGAUGGCUAAGUUUGAUGCUAUUUAUCGUGGAGAAGAUGAUCCUAAGAAGGGGACUUCAAGGAUUGCUGCAUCUGCUGCCUCAGAGCUUAUUUUAUCCAAAGAACAACUUUACGAGAUGUUUCAAACUAUUUUAGAAGUCAAAAAAUACCAGCAUCAAAUCUUAUACAACGCUUGUCAGCUUGAUAAUGCUGACGAGCAAGCAGCUUGUAUUAGAAGAGAAUUGCAAGACAAAAUGAAAAACAUUGGAGAAUCAAGAAAGCGCCUGCCACCAUUUCUUCACAAGGACAUGGAGAGGCUGUUUGUUGAGGAACAACAAUCUGAUAUCAGCAAGCUUAUGUUGUCAUUAGAAAGUUUACCAGUUGCCAAGGGUACCUCUGAUGCUAAAUACUCCUUGUACAAGCUGAAGAAUAGACUUCCAAACGCCAUCUCUCUUCUUGAUGUUCCUGAAGACACAGAUCUGUCACCAUCCAAAGUUGAUGUGGUCUUGUCAUUUACAAUUGAGGUCAUUAUUGCUGAGGCAAGAGGACUUAAGCCAUUACCAGCGAAAAGAAUAGUAUAUUGUACAAUGGAGGUUGAAGGAGGAGAAAAGCUACAGACAGGAGAAGCAGAGGCUGGCAAACCUGUGUGGGAUACUCAAGGAGACUUUACAACAUGUCAUCCAAGGCCUGUCAUCAAAAUCAAGCUAUAUGCAAAAAGCUCUGGGGUACUUGCACUGGAUGAUAAAGAACUUGGAAGGCUUACAAUCAAACCAAUUCCUGGUGGAUCAGACGCAUUUGAGUGGCAUAACCUGGUCACACACAAGGGCUGGAAUGGACCUAAACUGGAACUCAAAAUUGCUGUGAAGAUGGACAAACCAUUGAAUCUGAAGAAGGCAGGUUAUUUGUUUGUCCAUGGAAAAUCAGUUUGGAAGAAAUGGAAAAGAAGAUUUGUCAUCUUGGUUCAGGUGAGUCAGUACACAUUUGCAUUGUGUAGUUAUGUGGAGAAGAAAUCAGAACCAACUGACAUGAUGCAGCUUGACAGCUACACUGUGGAUUACUCUGACAAACCAUUAGAUGAUGAGUACAAGGGAGCAAGGUUUUAUUUUGAGGCAGUCAAGGAAGGUGAUCAAAUAGUGUUUGGAACAGAAGAAGAACUAGAAAGAACAAUGUGGGUUAACAAGCUUUACAUGGCAACAGGACAGUCACACAAACCUGUAGCUCCAAAUCUAUCUAUGGUAGCAACCGCAAAGGAAAAUAAAACUAACACACUGUCCAAGUUACAAGGAGCUACUGAUCAUGCUAAGAAGCAUGGUCUGGAAGAUUUGAUCCAAGCCACACCCAGUUGUUUUGAUCAUCACUACUUGUUUGAAAUACUACAGAGAAAAACACUGGAGCAUCGUUUGAAUGAUUCUUACUCUUGUCUGGGAUGGUUUUCACCAGGACAGGUCUUUGUCCUUGAUGAGUACUGUGCUCGUUAUGGUGUGCGUGGGUGUCAUCGUCAUCUCUGUUACCUGAGUGACCUACUGGACAGGGCAGAGUCUGGUAUCRUGAUUGAUCCUACACUACUUCAUUACAGCUUUGCCUUCUGUGCUUCUCAUGUCCAUGGAAACAGACCAGAUGGUGUUGGUACAAUCACAAUUGAAGAAAAGAACAAGUUUGAAGAAGUAAAGGACAGAUUAUGGAACCUUUUGGCCAAUCAGAUAGUACACUUCCGAUAUUGUUUUCCAUUUGGUCGUCCAGAAGGAGCACUCAAAGCUACUCUAUCCUUGUUUGAACGGGUGAUGAUGAAAGAUAUUUCUACUCCAGUCCCUGCUGAUGAGUUCAGAAAUGAAAUUCGAAAAUGCCUGCAGCAGGCUGCACUGGUCAACUACACUCGCGUGUCUGCUUAUGCUAACAUUGAAGAGGGAAGUACCGAGGAGAACACUCCAGAGAAGAGACUGGAUGACAUUGUUCGUCUGGCUGAACUUUGUAUUGAUUUACUUCAACAAAACGAAGAGCAUCAUGCUGAGGCGUUUGCAUUGGUCAAUGAUCUGAUGAUAGAACAUCAAGAAAUCUUCUGGUCUCUGUUUUCUGUUGAUAUGGAUGAUGCUUUAGCAGUUCAAGCCCCUGAUACCUGGGAUAGCUUUCAGUUAUUCCAGCUUCUCAACCAGUAUCUCAGCAGUGAUCCUUCAUUAUGUCGUAACAAGUUCCACACCCAUCUUCGUGACACAUUCGCACCCCUCGUCAUUCGAUACAUUGAUCUUAUGGAAUCAUCCAUAGCACAAUCUCUGCACAAGGACUUUGAAAAGGAGAACUGGAUGGCCGUAGGUAAAGGCUGUAAUUCAUCAGAAGAACUGUUCUGGAAGCUAGGUGCACUACAACAGUUUGUUACCGACCUGAACUGGCCUGAUGAGGUGAUGGAAGCACAUCUUGUCAAACGACUGAAACUCAUGUCAGCUGAUAUGGUGGUGUCUUGUGUUAAAAGAACGAAAAAACAGCUAGAAAAAUGGAUGAACAACGCGCGAUUUAACAUGAACUACGUCAUUCCAGACUUCGUUUGCGUCAUGUUAAACGUCAUCAGUCAAUCCAAGGAAGAGUCGCACACUUUGUGUAUUCAAGAAGAAUCAGAGAGUGAACAACGUCGUUAUCAUUCAGAUGUGUCAUCGUUCCUAAGGGAAACACAACGGGAAAUAGCGCAGGAGAUUGCUAACAAGCUCAACUCUGUGCUGGAAGCUUUGUUAACCAAGUUGGCAAGAUAUGAUCAGGAUUCCAUUCUGUCUUCUGUCUUUGCACUUAAGAACCCUGGUUCUGAGCUACACGAAGCCUUUAUCAAGUUUUUAAAGUCAAACCUGAAACAGUUAAUGGAACAAUUACACGAAGUUCAACUGAGAAAGUACAUUGUCAAGCUAUGGUACACACCCAUGGUCACUAUGAUAUGUGAAUGGUUAUCACAUCGCAUGAGUGUCUCAAUACAUCAGUAUCAACUACAGACUCUUCUUCCUAUUGCUGAGAAUUUACCGGUUGUAUUCCAGAUAUGUAAUUUGUUUGGUGUUCCUACUAAACGUCUUCAGUGUGCUGUUUAUGGAACACUCUUGUCUCGACUUCACGUAGAAGAGGCGAUGCUGAAGGGUGAACAAGUACACUGUAUCGAUUACACAGGACCCAAGCAUUCUGAGGAUUAUAGUGAUUCUAGUAGUGAGGAUGAGUUGUGAUACUGACAGAUCUUUCCUUUUCCUUGGAUCUUGCAAUAAUUCUCCUCCUUAUUUUAUACUUCCAACUUCGCACAUGAAACAUGGACGUCUACGACUUGGAUGUUAGUAAAUGACAGAUUUCUUAGCGAAAACUAGUUUACAUGACUCGUUAAAAGGAUUCCGUACCUUUUCAAUUCUUAAAAUAAUUAAUAUAAAUGCGCUUCUAAAUCAGAGGACGAGCCGGGGAAGGGGGGGGCUGGGGGGCUGGGGGGCUGGGAUGAAGACCCCUGCAAAAGACUAAGUCAGCUGGGCGCCCCAUCGAUCACAGAAUAAAUGCAAUCUUCUAAACAUGGAAAUAAAAUGUUCAAUAUAUUAGACAUAUUCACUUUCAUAGUCGCGUUGGCGUCUUAAGGUGUCGUCCUUUUUUACUUUUUCUCAUCCUUAUGAGGAAGCCAUCUUAGAGGUGACGGCUCGCUUAGAUUAAAGUACGUGCUCUACGACCGCUAGUCAGACCUACUAAAAUAUUCUAGAUCUACUUUAAUAUAGAAAGAAAUACUAAAGUAAUCUCGUACGUGACAAGGGCUUCUACAUUUUGUACAUACUGCUAUCAGUGCGAUCAAAUCAGUUCUGAAUAAAUUGCAUCUGGAUAUUAUAGAAUGCUUAAGAUUUACAAGACAAGAGGCGUGGAAGGAAAUGAGACGACCAAGAGAUGAAAAUCUCAAUGAAUAUGGUAUUCUUUCUCACUUCGAAAUAAAACCACCUCGUUAGCAGCUAUAGAUUACGUAAGUUAUUCAUUGAACUUUUAUCCUUCAAAAUAACAUGGACUAUACUCAAGGAAAUGGACUUUAAAAAACAAUAAAAAUAUUAAAAGCUAAAGAAGUAUAGAA